AUGUGGAGCUCAAGGAGCAAAACCCUUUCCUCCUUCGCUGCCUCUCCAGAAAACUCUACUAAGAAAGUUGUAGUACCAGCUGAUGGAUGCACUGAUUGGUCUGUCGAUAUCAAGAAAUAUCAAGUUUUGGUUGGAGAGCCUGUUCGAAUCAAAUGUGCACUCUUUUAUGGUUAUAUCAGAGCAAAUUACUCCCUAGCCCAAAGUGCUGGUCUCAGUUUGAUGUGGUACAAAAGCUCUGGCCCUGGAGAUUUUGAAGAGCCAAUAGCCUUUGAUGGAAGUAGAAUGAGCAAGGAAGAAGACUCCAUUUGGUUCCGGCCAACUCUACUGCAGGACAGCGGUCUUUAUGCCUGUGUCAUCAGAAACUCCACUUACUGUAUGAAAGUAUCCAUCUCGCUGACAGUGGGUGAAAAUGACACUGGACUCUGCUACAAUUCCAAGAUGAAAUACUUUGAUAAAGCUGAACUUAGCAAAAGCAAGGAAAUUUCAUGCCGUGACAUAGAAGACUUUUUACUGCCAACCAGAGAACCUGAAAUCCUAUGGUAUAAGGAAUGCAGAACAAAAACGUGGAGGCCAAGUGUUGUCUUCAAAAGAGAUACACUGCUUAUAAGAGAAGUCAGAGACGAUGACAUUGGAAAUUACACCUGUGAAUUAAAAUAUGGAGGCUUUGUUGUCAGAAGAACUACUGAAUUAACUGUUACAGCCCCUCUGACUGAUAAGCCACCCAAGCUUUUGUAUCCUGUGGAAAGUAAACUGACAAUUCAGGAGACUCAGCUGGGCGACUCCGCUAAUCUAACCUGCAGAGCUUUCUUUGGGUACAGUGGAGAUGUCAGUCCUUUAAUUUACUGGAUGAAAGGAGAGAAGUUUAUUGAAGAUCUGGAUGAAAAUCGAGUUUGGGAAAGUGACAUUAGAAUUCUCAAGGAGCAUCUCGGGGAACAGGAAGUUUCCAUCUCAUUAAUCGUGGACUCUGUAGAAGAAGGUGACUUGGGAAAUUACUCCUGUUAUGUUGAAAAUGGAAAUGGACGUCGGCAUGCCAGCGUUCUCCUUCACAAACGGGAGCUAAUGUACACGGUCGAACUUGCUGGAGGGCUUGGUGCUAUCCUUUUGCUGCUUGUUUGUCUGGUGACCAUCUACAAGUGUUACAAGAUAGAAAUCAUGCUCUUCUACAGGAAUCAUUUUGGGGCCGAGGAGCUGGAUGGAGAUAAUAAAGAUUAUGAUGCCUACUUAUCAUACACCAAAGUGGAUCCUGACCAGUGGAAUCAAGAGACUGGAGAAGAAGAACGCUUUGCUCUUGAAAUCCUUCCUGACAUGCUUGAAAAGCAUUAUGGAUAUAAAUUGUUUAUACCAGAUAGAGAUUUAAUCCCAACUGGAACCUACAUUGAAGACGUGGCAAGGUGUGUAGAUCAAAGCAAGAGGCUGAUUAUUGUCAUGACCCCAAAUUACGUAGUCAGAAGGGGUUGGAGCAUCUUUGAGCUGGAGACCAGACUUCGAAACAUGCUGGUAACUGGAGAAAUUAAAGUGAUACUCAUCGAAUGCAGUGAACUACGAGGGAUUAUGAACUACCAGGAGGUGGAGGCCCUCAAGCACACCAUCAAGCUCCUGACGGUUAUUAAAUGGCAUGGACCAAAAUGCAACAAGUUGAACUCUAAGUUCUGGAAACGUUUACAAUAUGAAAUGCCUUUUAAGAGGAUAGAACCCAUUACACAUGAGCAGGCUUUAGAUGUUAGCGAGCAGGGGCCUUUUGGGGAGCUGCAGACUGUCUCGGCUAUUUCCAUGGCUGCGGCCACCUCCACAGCUCUAGCCACUGCCCACCCAGAUCUCCGUUCCACCUUUCACAACACGUACCAUUCACAAAUGCGUCAGAAACACUACUACCGAAGCUACGAGUAUGACGUACCUCCUACCGGCACCCUGCCUCUUACCUCCAUAGGAAAUCAGCAUACCUAUUGUAACAUCCCUAUGACACUCAUCAACGGGCAGCGGCCACAGACAAAAUCCAGCAGGGAGCAGAAUCCAGAUGAGGCCCACACAAACAGUGCCAUCCUGCCGCUGUUGCCAAGGGAGACCAGUAUAUCCAGUGUGAUUUGGUGACAGAAAAGCAAGGGACAGCCCGUCCCUGGGAGCAUGAGCGGAGUCUGCAGUCCAGUGCCUGGAACUAAAUCCUCGACUGCUGCUGUUAAAAACAUGCAUUAC